UGAUUUCUACAACUAAACUUUAGUCGAUUGUUUAUCUUUUCCUAACCUUGUCUUGUCUACUGUCAAUUGUUUGUUCUGUUUAUGUUUCCUCAUCCUUUCCCUUUUGUGGUGUAUUUAUUUUCUUCCACCCCACCUAAACACAUGAAACAAUGCCUAUUCAUUAACUCAUUGUAAGCCAAAAUUCAUCAUAAUACUUUAUCAUGACUUCCAAAAAACCUAGGGAUGAUUCAGCUACUGAUUCUCAGGAUGAUUCCGAUUUAGAUGGCCGUUCACCUAAUUCUAAACUAGGCCGUAACUCUGGUCCGUUCUUGAAGAAAAUCAAAAUCAAAGGAUAUGAUACCACCGAUGCCUUACCAAAGAAACUAAACUUUACUUUCCUGGACAUUGUUGGCAUUGUGAUUUCUCUCGCAAGUUAUGUUCUAGAUGUCUGCUUUGACGUUUUAGUUGCUUUGAUGCACUAUGUUAAUGGAAAUACUUGGUGGUUUACUUUAACUGUGAUUUUUAUAGCAAUUCCAUCCCUUACAACGACUGGAUUCAGUCUCCGGUGGUACUUAGUAGAUGCUGAUACGAAAGAUUUACCAAGAGUGUCAAUGACUCGAUGGAUACUUCGUAUUGUGUUUUUGUUGUUGCAAAUGGGACCAUUAUUAAGGUAUUUUGAUUCUUUAUAUUAUGGGUUAAAAAGUAAUCAGAGCAAAUCAAUAGUUGAUAAGCAAGAGAAAUAUUAUAAGCUUAUGAUUUAUGAAGAUGCUGAUGCCACUUUACUUCGCUUAUUUGAGUGUUUCAUGGAAUCUGCACCUCAACUUGUACUUCAACUUUACAUUUUUUCUAUAACCCAUGGAGAAACACCUGAUUCAUAUAGUUGGACUGAAUUGAUCCAGUUAUUUUCUAUGUUUUCAUCUUUGAUGUCCAUGGCUUGGGCAUUAGGAUCCUAUCAACGGGCUUUGCGCUAUUCUCUACAAGAAAAACAAAAUCUGAAUAUCUGUGCCAUGAUGGUGCAAGUUGUUUGGCGCUUUUUAGAUAUUGCAGCGAGAGUUAUUGCUCUUGGCCUCUUUGCUUCUGUUUUCCCAUCCUAUUUUUUUAUGGUGUGUGCAGCACAUUACAUCAUAAUGUUCAUUUGGAUUCGCUCAAUGGGCACUGAGUUUUGUGAGAAUCAAUGCGGAGAAUUUUUCUACAACCUAGUGCUGGGAGUAAUGUUUAUUUUUUGCUAUUUCAAUCCCAAAGAUAGCCCAACACGCAAGCGGUUCACUUUUUAUUAUUUUCUAACAUUUUUGGAAAAUUCUGCAUUUAUGUGCAUUUGGUUUAUACAUAGUUCUCCUAAUAUUCCAUAUAAAAUUCCAGCCAUGUUCCUACAGUUUUUGAGCUUUAUGUUAGGAAUAAUUAUCAUGAUCAUAUAUUAUCUGUUGCUACAUCCCACAAAGAACAUAACUGUCUGGGACCAUUGGAAAAAAUCCAAAAAUCACCAAGUCCAGGUACAAAUGGGUGAUAUGAAAGGUAUAUCUCAACAAUCACAAAGGUUAUGAACAUAUUAAAGAUAUUUUCACUUUAUUUUAAUUUACGACAAUAACAUUGUGUACAAAUAACAUGCAUUGAA